ACCCGUGCCUUUCUCGCGAACUUGACGCGCCUCCAACAGCACAAGAAGCACUUUGUCUCGGCGGAGGGUGAGUUGACAGGCGAAAGAGGGGGAUGUAGAGGGAGACUGAAUUGGACUGGCCCGGUUCACUUCCACCGCAGACACCGCAGCAGGACGAGGACAGGAGUCCCGAGGAGAGGACCAGAAGGCGGGAGAAAGAGCAUCAACUUGGACCGGAUCGGGGACCCUCGGGGACCCUCGGAGGAUUGGGAUACAGAGGGGCGCCACUGGGCGGGGAGGGGGCCCGCAUGAUUCCUCACGAUCAGGCUGUUAUGAUGGUGGUGAUGCACCGAGAGCAGAGCAGAGGAUUCCUGCAGAGCCCGACACAUUGCACCACAACCCCGCAACCCAGUGUGACCUUCUGCAGGGUUAGACGCUUCUGCUUCUCUCCUCACCAUCAUAGCCUCAUCAACACAAAACCGGAUUUCCAAACCAAAGCUUGACCCAAACAACCGGGUAACGCUAACAGUGUACCCUGCAAGCUCCAUUCAUUCUCCACCCCGUUUGCGGGGUGAGACGGGGAUUCCAAUCUCGACGGAGAGAUUAGCUUUGAACCGAGGCUGCCUUUUACAGCACUGGAUGUUUUGAGCCGUGCAAACAGACAAGAGGAGGAAAGAUGUUGGUGCGAUGCUACCGGGCAAAGCUGUCGGUGUGGGCCGCUCUGUGCGUGCUGGUGCUCUGCUGGUUUUACAUUUUCCCCGGCUACAGACUCCCCCGCGAUAAAGAAAUAGUUGAGGAGGUGCUGAGGCAGGGGGAAGUAUGGCAGAAGAACCAGACGGGCAUUGAUGUAUACAGGAAGUUGCUGACAGAGUGCUGCGAUCCGCGGAGGAUGUUUGCAGUGACCAAGGAGAACUCGCCGAUGGGCAAGGUCCUGUGGUACGAUGGCGAGUUUUACCACUCGCACACCGUCAACAAUGAGACUUACCCACUCUUUGUGAAGGGCAACCCUCUGCAGCUGCCCCUGAAGAAGUGUGCGGUGGUGGGCAACGGUGGCAUUCUCCGACACAGCAAAUGUGGACAGGACAUUGACCAGGCCGACUUCAUCAUGCGGUGCAACCUUCCACCGCUUUCAAAGGAAUAUGUGGAGGAUGUGGGAACCAGAACACACCUGGUUACAGCCAACCCCAGCAUCAUAGAGAAAAGAUUUCAGAACCUACUGUGGUCGAGAAAAGCUUUUGUGGAACGUAUGAAGGUCUACGGCUCCAGCUACAUCUACAUGCCAGCGUUCUCUAUGAAGCCUGGCACCGACCCGUCACUGCGGGCGUAUUAUGCCCUGGCGGACACCUCCUCCAACCUCACCAUGCUCUUUGCCAACCCCGAAUUCCUGCGCACGGUGGGAAAAUUCUGGAAAGCCCGCGCCGUGCACGCCAAGCGCCUCUCCACGGGGCUCUUCCUGGUCAGCUUGGCCUUGGGGCUGUGUGAGGAAGUGACGGCCUACGGCUUCUGGCCGUUUUCCGUUGGCCUGGACGAGCAGCCGGUCAGCCACCAUUACUACGACAACAUCUUGCCCUAUAAAUGGUUCCACGCCAUGCCUGAGGAGUUUGUCCAGCUCUGGCACCUGCACAAAAGCGGCACACUGCACAUGAGAGUGGGACGCUGCCCCCCUCAAGAAGGAGGGAGUUAGAGCUUCUUGAUGAGUGAAGGGACAGCUGUCAGUUGAUGUGUAGCGGGCUACAGGAAGCAGAUGAAAACAUUUGGGGUGUUAAGUGGCAGGAAGUUGUUGUCAUUACAAAAAUGGGUGCAGAUAGUUCCUCUGAGGAACCUCGGCACUGCACCUGUGUCUGAACACACUACUGCUGUCCCCCCCCCUUAGCUUAUCCCUAAUUAUAAUGAGAAUGUCCUCCACCCAGACCAACAGCAUCUGGGACAGAAUGCACAGACACAUGCAGCCAAACACACACACACACACACACACACACACAUUCCCAAAACUUGUCAUAUCUCCUGACAUUGAUUGUGUGUGUGCAUGGGUGCGUGUUUGUAGAAAGCCUCAGCUGAGACUGCUAGGGUGAAAGUGGGUGGAGUUGGAUGGGUGGGGGAUGUUUUUUAGUUUUUUGUAAGCUGACUACUGUAUCUGACUGGGCAGCUGGACCAAACCCCCCUCUGGGUCUUUGUCAAACAGAUAAAGAAGGGAGUGGAGGACCAGGGGGAAUAAUAAAAGGCACUGAAACACUGGCAAAAUGCUAGGAACAAGGGAGAGAUAAUGGUGUCCUGGUACCUAGUAGCUUGAAUAGGACUGAAAUUGAAUGGAGGAAAAAAAAAAGACUGGCAGGUGGGGAGACAGAGUGAAAGCUGGCUGGUAUGUGUAUGAAAGGAUUUUUCUCUCUGCUUUUCUUCAACCGAGCGCUUGAUUGGCAUUCUCUGGUGCCAAAUAGAGCUCUGUUCAGAGCAGGAGCUAUUAGAAAUGGAGUCUUAAGUACUGUAUACCCCAGAAUGUUUAGCCAAGUUGCAUUUAAACCCUUCACUGGAAAGGGAAAUUGAGUUGUGGUGUCCACGUAUUGUUUUUGCAAAAUGUGGUUUUCAGGAGUUAAUGUGAAUAAUUUUUUAAAGGUUCAUCAGUGGCCCUGAAGAGAAGGGAGAAAGCAUUAUCAACAUUUGUAACCAGUAGGUACCUCACCUCGAAGUUGACAUUGUUACCUGACCUAUUUAUAUGAUCCACUAAAAAACAGGCUUCUUAGGUAAAGAAAAAAAAAGUUGUCUUUUGGUAUCCGUACUAUACUUGCCAAGUGCCAAGCCAAGGGAACAGUGGUCUCUUUGAUACCCACUCUCGCACUGUCCUUGUCCUCUCAAAUGGCGAGACACUGAUAUAAAGUAAGGUAGUGACAGAAAAAGACUUGAGGACUCAAUGUCCCAAAAUGGCAUUUUAACGGCUGGCUUUUUUUUCUUUAGAUGCUGGACGCCUGCAUCUGAGUACAGAAAUAAUUGAGCCUCUGUGCUGUGCUUCUUUUAUAAUUGUGAUUUGUUGUUUUU